AGCUUCUGUUCUGUUUCUGAUUCCCCAGACCCCUGUUAAAAUGGAAUUGGAAUAUCACUAGAUCUGCUUAACAGAAAGAAUGGGAAAAAGAAUGUGAACCACACACCUGGUUUGUGUCAGAAAGGCACUAGGACCUGGAAGGAUACUUCUGCCCUGUGAGUCAGCUAAGCGCUGGAGCUCCCUCAACUCCUGAGACCAGUGAAUGAGAACAGAUAUGUGAAUGGCUCAGCUGGCUUUCAAAGCUCUUAGUGGACUGGGCUACAAGAGGCUACACAACUACUGGAUCACCAAGGAUUUCACUUCCCUGUGACCAACGAAUUCACAGCAGCACAGUAAAAAGCACCAUCAAGACUGCACAUUGUACAGAUGGUAUGCUGGGCCUCAACUCAGCUCAGCGUUUGGACGCAAUAAAGGACCCUGGAACAGAAAAGCUUUCCAUUCUGUGCACCCAAAGGUGAAUAGAGUAAUGUCCAUGUUGUACUACACUCUGAUCAUAGCAUUUUUGAUUGGCAUACAAGCUGCGCCAAAGACCAAAGACCAUGCUCCUGCAGGGUCUUCAACGAGACAACGCAUUCCACAUCAUACACAUAGGACUAAGUCCCUCCACCGUGCUCAUGGGAAACUAGAGCCAAAUGUAUCUUCAAAUUUUUACAACAUCACAGUGGACCCUAAACUUUUCAGAAAAAGGAAAUUUCGCUCGCCAAGGGUUUUGUUUAGCACCCAACCACCUCCAUUGUCUGAGGACUUAAGAAACUUAGAAUACUUAGAUGAUGAAGAGUCUCUUAAUAAAACCAUUCGAGCUAAGAGGACGGUGCAUCCAGUUCUUCACCGUGGGGAGUAUUCUGUUUGUGACAGUGUCAGCAAGUGGGUUGGGGAGAAAACCACUGCCGUCGACAUCAAGGGCAAAGAGGUGACUGUUUUGGGGGAAGUUAACAUAAACAAUAGUGUUUUCAAACAGUACUUUUUUGAGACCAGUUGCAGGGAUCAAAAGCCAGUAUCUAGUGGUUGUCGUGGGAUUGAUGCAAAACAUUGGAACUCAUACUGUACCACCACACACACCUUUGUCAAAGCAUUAACAAUGGAAGGGAAGCAAGCGGCCUGGAGGUUUAUACGGAUUGAUACAGCCUGUGUCUGUGUGCUCAGCAGGAAAGGUCGACCCUAAACACUCUUUCCUGGCACCCAAAACUUCUCCCCACCCCUACCUCAGCCUGUAAAUUAUUUUAAAUUAUAUGGACUGCAUGGUAUAUUUAUAGUUUAUACUGUAAAAAAGAGACUCAUUAUUUAUUAUUAAACUGUUUUCAAAACUCUUUGUUUGCAUUAAGAUCUGAUUUUAAGACAUUUUAGAAAUGCUUAAUAAACUUAAAAGUGCAAUACUACUUCUACUACUACAUCAAGUAUUGUGAUAUGAAAUAUAUAAAGACAUUUAACAAUCA